AUGGCAAGACAGAGAAUUCUCGGCUCCAUCUUUCCCAGAAUUCAAGCGCUGCGCAAUUACCAUUCGACAUUCGUGCAGGCUACCCGCUUAGAGUACGUUUCCUAUAGUACACCGCGCAACCAAAUAGAGGCACCUCCAAUCGUGGUGAUGCACGACCUUAAUCUUUCGCUGGAGUCAUGGCGCCACGUGGCAACUAAUCUAAGCCAGCAAGGUCUGCGCCAGGUGAUCACAGUGGAUGCUCGGAACCAUGGCCUUAGCCCCUAUAUAUCUGGUCACUCGCCUAUGCAUCUGGCCGCUGAUGUGGAGGCCCUGAUGGGUCACCAAAGCCUGACUAAGAUCGUGGCUCUUGGGCACGGAAUGGGUGGCCGGGCGAUGAUGACACUGGCACUAACGCAGCCUCAGCUCGUUGAGAGGGUCAUCUUGGUGGAGGUAUUCGAGAUGAUGAUUCAGGUGGUUCCUACCAUUCCCUCGAACUCCCUCUCCGAGGGACGUGCGUUCAUACUGCCACUAUUCCAGGACGUUGUGCAAGAUGUAUCUGAACUACGUCGAGUUGUCUUCAAUCUACGCAAGAUGGAAGAUAAUACUUUUGGCUGGGCAGUGAAUCCACAGGCAGUGCUUAGCUCAUGGGCGGAUCUGAUGAUCGACUACGAGGCAACGUUGGGCGGACUUAGUCCAUACAUGGGCGAAGUCCUGCUCAUUGCCGGUUCUCAGUCAGAGUUCGUGACCCAAUCCAGUAUUUCCGUGAUGCAGAGAUAUUUUCCGAACACAGUAGUGCAGAUUCUGGACGCAGGACAUUGCGUUUAUGAGGAUCAACCGGAACAGUUUGUCGAAUUAGUCGUUGAGUUUACGCAAACGUGUUUGGUAUGUUGA